AUGAAGACAUUUUUGUGCUCUAAGACUGGUAGUAAGUCCAAGAAAAACAGUGGUGUUAAGGCGUAUUCAAAGAUUGAUUUAAGGACGGGGUGUGGCGCAUAUAUUCAGUUUGAUGUAGAUGGUAAUGGGGUGUGGACAGUAACAAAACACGAGAAAGCUCAUAACCACAAGCUAAGCACUAAAGACAAGAGUCACCUACUUCGUUCGUACAGAAGAGUGGGAAAUAAUCAACUUUCAUACUUAAGAGACUUAAAGAAGAGUGGGGUUGCCUUGGCAGAUGGGAUAAGGUUUUUGAAACAUCAGUCAGGAGGGUCUCCACUCGUUGGGUUUACCAAUCGAGAUGCUUACAAUUCAUUGGAAUCUGAUUCUUUGAAGAGCUUGGAUGGAACUGAUUCGAAUUCGUUGAUUGAAAUAUUUAGGAGGAGGCAGUACACCGAAGCUGAGUUUGAGUUGUAUUGGUCAAGUAUAGAAGCUGUGAAUCUAGAGUACUAA